AUGGACUGUAACAAAGCUAAUUACAGCAGAUACUUUCAAACUGUAACCUCCAUGGAUAAGAACAGUACCUCGGCCCCUGGACUCGGGUCACAAGCUCGUCUUCUUGAAGGUUUUGGUUUAUCAAUCGUUCUCUUGGUCUCGCUGGUGUUAAAUCUCUCCGUUUGUGCGAUUAUCUGGCGAACAAAAUCACUACGUGAGAAGGCGACUAAUACAUUUGUGGCAAACCUGUGCAUCGCUAAUUUGUUACUGACUGCCUGUGUGAUUCCGUUUAGCUUGGUGACCAUCGUUGAAGAUGAACAUGCAUUUUAUUCAAAACUUUUUUGCCAGGCAAAUGGUUUCAUAAGUGUUGUGUCGAGUGUUGCGAUUGUCAUGACUCUUUGUUGUAUAAGUCUUGAUCGAUACAUUGCAGUUACCAGGCCAACACGUUACAAGAUCAUCGUCACGGUCAAACGUGCUUGGUAUACUUUGCUAGUGGUCUGGGGACAAGGACUCUUGUACGCCACGUUUCCCAUAUUUGGUUGGUCCAGGUACGAGUAUCAUCCGGGGACUUUACACUGUUCACCAGUAUGGACAUCAGAGUGUUCCCUGUACAUCUAUCUGGCAGUUGUGGGAUUUGGAAUUCCAAUGACUGUCAUGGUGUUCACGUACAUUCGUAUUUUCUUCGUCAUACGUAGACACGCGCGCAAGGUUUCCACUGUCAAGCGAACGCGACCAAAGGUUCAAAACAAUAAUUGCAAACUGAUUUCUGUGAAACAAAGAGGGAGUGUACAGCCACACUCGACUCAAAAUUCAUCGAAUGAGGACAAGUCCUCGAGUACGGCCGACAAGCUAAACUCUUCAGCUGCAAAUGAGCAAAUGUUAUGUAGCUCUACGGCAAACCUUUCAGAGUUAGACAGCUGUGCCAAGCAAUUUGAACUGAAUGCGAAAACUGGCGUGGUCAGUGGUUUAUAUUUGCAAGAAGGCGAAAAAGUACUCUUCGCAACUGAACUGCCGUCUGUUAACACUUGUGACCAUGGAGCGCAGUCAAACAGCAGCAACGAGCCUUCAGAUGUCCAGCGGAGCAAACGUGGUUUAAUUCACGUUACAAACACGCUCAGAAAAUUCUGGCCGCGAAAACGCAGGCGCAACCAACGACCGUUAUCCAGAGAAUUCAAAGUAGCAAAGACUGGUGUGCUGCUGUUGUUUAUUUUCAUUGUCUUGUGGUUACCUUACAUGGUCGUGCAUAUCUGUUCCUCCGGAGUAAAAGCUCCACCAACUGUGUUUCGAUUGACAAUGUGGCUUGUGUUCAUGAACGGGGUUUUGAAUCCUAUAGCUUAUGCGUUGGGCAAUUCGACGGUGAAAAUGAAGUUUCAACAGAUGUUCGCCACGGUUUUUUCUCUGUGCUGCAAGUGUAGGAGGACUGUAGAACAGCGAGCGACUCCUCGCAUGUCAGAAAGAGUCUGAAUAUUUUUCUCCACGUUCAAACAUAUUUGCUUGGACAAACGUUUAUCGGCAUCGAAGGUAUAGUCACAAAGACACGUCUUGAAGAGGGGCGAUGAACAUCUCUCCACCGCCAAUAUUUCCUCUCACGCUUUCUCUACCCUCCUGUCCCAGCUUAUC